AUGCUGAUACCAAGUCAGUCUGACCUGCAUCAACAAUCUGGAUUAAGUAUGGCAAGCAAAAAACCCAUGAGUAAACUUCCGACUCACUCAUGGUGUUACGCACAAUUCCACAAAUCCCUAGGCUUACUGCAAGAAUACGAGCGUUUCAUUGCUCCCGCUCUAAUACUAGCAGAUGCCUUACUCUGUGGCUUGAUCAUUUCACUCAUAGCAUAUACCGAAAUUGAUUGGAAGGCAUACAUGGAACAGAUUGAGCAAAUUGUCCAGGGCGAACGAGACUAUACACGUAUUGAAGGUGGCACUGGGCCCUUGGUCUAUCCCGCGGCGCACGUGUACUUGUACUGGAUUCUCUACCAUCUGACUAGUUAUGGCCGAAAUAUUCUUCUCGCCCAAAUUCUAUUUGGAGUACUAUACAUUUGGACCAUCUUCCUCGCCAUUUCCUGUUACAAGAAAGCCCAUGCGCCUAACUACAUUCUUCCCAUGCUCGUAUUAUCGAAACGUCUGCACAGUAUUUUCGUUCUUCGUCUUUUCAAUGAUUGUUUCGCUGUAUUUUACAUGUGGGCUGCUAUAUAUUUAUUUCAACGUCGGGCCUGGAUCAUGGGUAGUAUAAUUUACAGCUGGGCAUUAGGAAUUAAGAUGACUUUACUUUUAUCACUUCCUGCAUUAGGAGUUGUCUUCUUUCUCGCCGAAGGAAUUGUCACAAGCCUAAAACUGGCAAGCCUUAUAGCUUUAGUGCAACUCACUAUAGCUUUUCCGUUCUUAUCCACUAACGCAGUGGGAUAUUUUACUCGAGCCUUUGACUUUUCGAGACAAUUUCUCUACACUUGGACUGUUAACUGGAGAUUUUUAGGGGAGGAUUUAUUCUUAAGUCGUGGACUUUCGAUCACUUUGCUAACUGCACACAUCAUGACGCUUAUGUUUUUUACGGCUUCAAGAUGGUUAACACCAAUUGACAAGCCUGUAAGAUUCUUGAUACAGAAUGCUCUGAAUUGGAAGGAACCCUGUGGAAAGGGCAGAGGGGCAAUCUCCGCUAGGAUCGGCCCAACUUUUAUUUUAACCACUGUUCUUACGGCAAAUGCCAUCGGAUUUCUAUUCGCCCGUUCCAUGCAUUAUCAAUUCUACGCAUACAUUUCGUUGACAACCCCAUUCCUCCUGUGGCGGGCAGGUUUUCACUUGUUCACUCAGUACAUUUUAUGGGCACUGCAAGAAUGGGCUUGGAAUGUUUACCCCAGUACUAACCUGAGUUCUAUUGUAGUCGUAGGAGUUCAGUUUCUUGCAGUUUUUGGCGUUUGGUGGAACACUGGUAAUGAAUUCGUAGGACUGACAAGUUCAAUAACUGUGCGGGAUAAAACUCUUUGA